CAACAAUAGACCGCUAUGUCUUCCCAUGACAGUGACCCAUUUUAUCUCAGAUACUACACUGGCCAUUCAGGAAAACACGGCCAUGAAUUCUUGGAGUUUGAGUACUCCCAUGGUCGUCUUCGAUAUGCCAACAACUCGAAUUAUAGGAAUGACAGCUUGAUCCGUAAAGAAAUGUGGGUUGGGCCGUUAGUGGUCAAGGAGCUCAAGCGCAUUGUGGAAUCGAGUGAAAUCACAAAGGAAGAUGAUACGAACUGGCCAAAAAAAAACAUCGUUGGAAAGCAAGAACUUGAGAUACGUGUAGGCAAUGACCACAUUGCCUUCGAGACUGCAAAAAUAGGGUCACUUGUUGAUAUCCAAGACAGCGAGGAUCCUGAAGGACUUCGUGUAUUUUACUACCUCGUACAAGAUUUGAAGUGUUUGAUAUUCUCCCUUAUUUCUCUUCACUUCAAGAUCAAGCCUAUCUAGCUAUAUUCGUAUCUCUUGGGCCAGGUCCAAAUAACGCACCAGCAGCACCACAAAUAUUACCUUUGUAUCGCCCUAAAUUUCAGGCAACGCUGUUUAAAUCACUGUCCUUCCUAAUGCAAGAUACAUAAGUCAUCGCAUUCUGCAG